AUGCCUGUGGUCCUGCUGACAGUGGCCUUGCUGGCCCUGAGUUCAGCUCAGAGCUCAAGUGAAGAGUCUGGGGAUCAAGACGAGUACAUACUUUUGAGAUCACCUCCUGGAAGACACUCACUUGGAUCCUCUGUUGGAAGUGAAAGUCAAGAGGGAAUACUUUACCCAAGACCACUCCCUGAUGGAGGCAGACACUCACCUUCUCUCCCUCCACUUCCCUACGGAUCACCCCAUGGUGGAGACAAACACUCCCAUUCUCGCCAUCUGCCACAACACCAUGAACAAACCCAUGGUGGAGGUAACCAAACACAACAUUGUCCAUCUCAUCCUGACCAAGGAAAUGAAACACAGCCUCGUCUCCUUCAGCCUGACCUACACAAUCAGAAACAACCUAGCCCUCCUCGCCCUGACCUAGGCAACCAGACACAGCCUCAUCCUCCUCUCUCUGACCUAGGCAACCAGACACACCCUCCUCGCCCUGACCUAGGAAACCAGACAGAGCCUCAUCCUCCUCUCUCUGACCUGGGCAACCAGACACAGCCUCUCCCUCCUCGCCCUGUCCUAGGCAACCAGACACAGACCACCCCAGUAUGGAGGCAAUCAUACUGGAUCUGA